CACCAGUUAGCGCUACCUUGCCGGUUCGGUAGAUUUUUCCGUGGAGCAAAGUUCUUCUGUUCAACCAUGUCAAACGACGAGGCGCAGAAGGCUCGUGAAGCCGCUGCAUCCGGAGCAGAGAGUCAGCCGACAAUCUUUGAUAAGAUCAUCAGCAAAGAGAUACCUGCUGAUGUGAUUUAUGAAGAUGACACCUGUCUGGCCUUUAAUGAUAUCGCACCACAGGCUCCUGUGCACUUUCUCGUGAUUCCCAAACGGAGAAUUGCAAUGGUGGAACUGGCCAAGGAAGCUGAUGAAAAUCUUCUGGGGCAUCUGAUGCAAGUUGCAGGGAAUCUGGGCAAGCAAAAGGCACCCAAAGGCUUCCGUCUGGUGGUCAACAAUGGGCCAGAAGGAUGCCAGAGCGUUUAUCAUUUGCAUUUGCACGUUAUGGGUGGUCGGCAACUCAAGUGGCCUCCAGGAUAAGUACCAGAAUUUUUGCAUUAUGAUUAUAGAAAGCGGCCUGGCUCUUUGUAAGGUUGCAUUUCAAUAAAUAUUAUGAAAAAAGUAA